AUGAAGUCAUCCAGCCCAAUCGGACCAGUACGUUUACCAUCCUACAACUUUAUCAAACACAGCCUACCAUCAACUAGAGGUCGACACAGCAAGUCCUGCGGCGGAAUCGGCCUGUAUUUUCUGAAAGGAAUAAAAGCGACACCAAUCCUGAAAUCUACUUUCAACCCCGAUACACCAAUUAAUCAAAGAUUUGAAUUCCUCGUUGUACAAACUCGAAUUAAUGACCUCAACGUUGGUAUCGCCAUUGUCUACAACCCUAACGCUAGCAACCAAAGUUUUGCCCAAGAGUAUGAAAAACUACUGCUGGAUAUACAAGAACUCGGCUUUGACAGGCUGUUUCUACUGGGUGACUACAACAUAAAUGUGUCUCUUCUGCAUCCGGUGGGAAAUCAUGCCGCAUUAAAUCGAAUACACGAUGCCUUCAACUUGUCGGUUCUACCAACUUCCCCUACAAGGAUCACCGAUGUCUCCGCCACUACCAUAGAUCUCCUGGUGACAGACAACCCGCAGUCUAUCGUGACCUCCAAAGCAAUAACCAACUGUAUUUCUGACCACGAAACAGUUUUCCUCAUCUCCGACGUAAAAAUCAGAAGGCCCCCAGCUCAACGAAUCACAGUUAGAGAUUUCCGUGCCGUAAAUAUCACCAGACUCCAGGCAGACUUCCAGAGCAACAAUUUCGAAAAUAUUGCAGACAUCGUAAACAUCAAUCUAAAAGCUGAGCGUGUUACUUCCAAGAUACAAAACCUAAUGGAUCGGCAUGCCCCUGAAAGGGUUAUUAGAGUCAAGAAUAGGAAAUCACCAUGGAUCACUGCAGAAAUCGAACGGGCCAUCUACAUCAGGGAUUUGGCUCGCACCCUCUACUCACGCAACCCCAACCGUGUAAAAGGAGACAAUCAGUGGUGUGACUACGUACGGAAGCGGGACUUAGCCGCCACUCUCAUUUCAACUUCGAAGAGGCAGUACGGAGAACGGCAUUUUUCGCCUAACCUGUCAGCUCAUAAACUGUGGAAUAAUCUGCGUCGCGAAGGCAUUCACAACAACAGUAAGCAAAACGCACCAACGGAACAAAUUGAGCCGAACCAGCUAAACCGCUUUUUCUGUGACGGCCAUCGUCGGUUAAAACACUCAGCGCAACCUCACAACACCGACGUAGUAGAUAGAACCAAUGUACAUGGCGAAAAUCGAUUCAGUUUCCAACACACCAAUAGCCAAGAGGUCUCCAUAAAGAUUGCAGAGAUACAAUCAAGUGCCACCGGGGCGGAUGGCAUCCCAAUAUCUUUUAUAAAACUACUCUGUCCGUUCAUUCUGCCGACGCUAGUGAAUCUGUAUAAUGCAAUAAUUGACACCAAUAUUUUUCCUGCUAUAUGGAAGAAAGGAAUUGUCACCCCCAUCCCCAAAAUAUCGAACCCAACGCAACCUAAGGACUUCAGGCCGAUCUCUGUACUACCUGCCAUCUCCAAAAUAUUUGAAAAGAUUUUGUUAGCUCAGAUCAUUAAAUAUACGGAAAAUGCGAAUCCCCCGCUCCUGGCAAGGAAUCAAUCCGGAUACCGCAAACGACACAGCACAACUACAGCCCUCGUUAAAGUCACUCAUGAUAUCUACAACAAGUUCGAUGGAGGCCAAUGCACUGUGAUGGUUUUGGUUGAUUUCUCGCUUGCAUUCAACUGCGUCAACCACUGCAAACUUCAAAACAAACUUCGGGAAGAGUUUCACUUCACACCCAACGCCUGCAGUCUGAUUAACUCGUUCCUGACAGACCGAAAGCAAGUCGUGAAAACCACCGAUGCAAUUUCCGAUAUUCACCCCGUUACUGACGGUACACCUCAGGGAUCAUGUUUGAGCGCCCUCCUGUUCAGUUUAUAUAUAAACAGCCUGCCACGAGAUCUGAAGUGUCAGUAUCAACUUUACGCUGAUGACCUGCAAAUAUACAUUUCUGGACCAAGAGAAGAUGUAGAUAUGCUUAUCGCAGCAGUAAAUGCCGACCUGAACAUUAUCGAGAGCUGGGCGAGACAAAAUGCUUUGUUCCCGAACCCGAAAAAAACCCAGGCCAUAAUCUUCUGUAAAACAGGCACAGUAACCCCGAACACUGAAAUUGUUUUUUGCUCAGAAACCAUCCAGAUAGCAGGAAAAGUUGUAAAUCUGGGUCUGCAUAUAGAUAACAAUCUUCGCUGGUCGUCUCAAGUCAACAGCGUCACUGCAAAAAUUUUCGGGACUUUGCACACUUUCCGUAAAUUUGCUCCCGUUCUGCCAACCGCCACCAGGAAGAAACUUGUUCAAGCCGUCAUAGUUCCUUUCCUGACCUACUGUGAUGUCGUGUACUAUCCGGGUCUAUCAGUAGCACAAAAAGAACAGCUUAACCGUUGCUUCAAAGCAUCCGUUCGAUUUGUUUACAACUUGCGUCGAAGAGAAUCUACCGACACGGUGCGUAGUUCAAUACUUGGACAUGAACUCGACACAAACUAUCAACACCGAAUCCUCUGUUUUAUGCUGCAAGGAUACUCCGGCAAUCUACCAGAAUAUAUCCAACAACAUCUGCAAAGAGGCCAACUAAACCGUACGAGAAGCUUCAUCGUUCCACAACACACCACUUCGGGAAGAAAAAGCGUGCUCGUUGCUGGUGCUAUCGCCUGGAAUGAACUACCUCUAGCCCUGAAGCAACAACCGAACGCUGUCGCGUUCAAAACUGCCCUUAGAAGGCGUUAA